AUGUCCCUGCACUGGCCUUCCUCAGCGGUGCUGCUGCUCUUUUUGUUGGUUUGCUGCGGCGGCAGUGGGGCUGGGGCCAACGCUGCGGAGACGCAGGAGGCGUCGAAGGAGGUGGAGCUCUUCCAACCAGGGGAAACUCCAGUGUUUGCUGCUGGAGAAGAGAGCGAAAGUGACACUCGCUAUAAAAGUGUCUCCUCAUUCCUCAGCCACUCCCUUCUUGACGUGAAUGGGGUGCUGGUUGCGCUUGCCGUCGGCGUACACGGCAACUUUGCCGCCAACAAGCCUCCUGGUAUUUGGGCAAAGUACAAUACAUACAAAGCAGAUGAGAAGUUGAACGAAGGCGCUGCAUGGGAAGGAAAAGCGUGGAAGACGCAGCUUGUGACGAAGCGACCGGAAGCAGAGGGCUACCUUGUAUCACCGCUUGACCUCAAGGCCGUGGGGAAGGGCAAUAAAAUACAUUUGCUCCUGCAAAAAAGAAGAGUGGCCAAAGAGCCUUCUUUGCAGAGUGAUCCUGGGUGGGGCCUUGCGUUGAUUGUGGGUGAAGUUCAGGGGUCCGGGGAAGAGCGGGGAGAGCAACGAGUCUCGUGGGGGGCUCCCCGGCCGUUGGAUUCCAUGCUUGCCGGACAGAUGCAGCAGCAAUCGUGGGAGGGGCUGGAACCCGCGAGUAUGUCCAGAGGCGUCGCGGUUGGGGACGCAACGGUUGUUUUCCCUCUUGUGGGAUUCACUACCGACGGAACAGGCGGGCGUGCAUGCACCGUCAUGUGCUCCGAGGACAAUGGGGACAGCUGGAGGCUUCCUGCGGCGCCUGUGGUUGCUCAGGACUGUAACUCUGCCACGCUUCUCGAGUGGGAGGGGAAACUCUUCAUGGUCACCUCCGGAUCUUCUCAGUGGCGGCGCAGGGUCUUCGAAUCCGGUGACGAGGGGAAGACGUGGAACGAGGCCGCCGGGACCUUCGCACGCCUGUUGGGCGACGCACACGCAUUGUCUUUGCUCGACUCUUCUGACGCCCUCAUGACUGCAACCGUUGAGAAGAAGAGAGUGCUGCUGUACACCCAGGUGUUGUUCAGUAGCACUGCGCCAAGAGAAGGCAGCGGAAGACGAACGCCCCACAGAGUAAUCCACCUGUGGCUCUCCGACGGUGCCCGGACACACGAUGUUGGGCCAAUAUCUGCGGAUGAGGCGGGCGACUCCCCCCUCAGCUCGCUGCUGUACACAAGAGAUGAGUUGUUUGCCCUCUACGCGAAGGUGGGUGCGGUUGAACGCUCAGAAAGCCUUGUAUUUGCGCGCCUUCCAGAGCAGCUGAAGCGCAUCAAAACAGUGCUGCAAACUUGGAAGGAUGUGGACGCCAGAGUCGCAAAGCUCUGCAGCUCCGCCACCACCCCCGCUGCUGCGAAGGGCGCCGCAGAACCCGCUGCUGCCUGCGUCGGUGCUAUGCCAACGGACGGGCUGGUUGGGUUCUUGUCGAACAAUGGCAACAAUACCCACUGGAAUGACGAGUACCUUGGGGUGGGCGCCGCGGUGUCUGGAGCAACGAAGGUUGCCAAUGGCGUUGAGCUGGCAGGGCGUGGUGCAUCGAUUGUGUGGCCGGUGGGCGGAGGACGGCGGAAUCCCGGGCACGGGUUCUGGUGGGUGAAGAGGUGA